AUGGGCUCGCCAGCAUCCGCCUCACUGCUGUCUGUGGACCCCGCAGAAUCACGUACGCCCUCGUCCGUGGUUCCGGAGAACACGCAGCCGCCUGCACAAACAGUUUCUGUGCGACCACCGUUGAUCCCGAUCGACACCAGAUCUAUUCAUCCUCAAGUGCCGCGGUCGCCUCAGGCGAUCCCGCCAUCACUCAUUAGUCCGCUUGCUUCUGCCUCGGGCAGCAAGGCGUGGUCCAAGGCGCCUCAGAUAGUUGCGGCGGACCCCCUCGUGGACAUUACCCGCCUGCGAGUGCGCUCGCAAGGCCACCACUGUCUCUACCCCGGCGCGACAUUCCAGGGUACGCAGAAGAGCGGCAGAAAUAGCUAUGAUGUGAACGUCACUAUUGUGAAUGUCGACUUUUCGUCGUCUCAUCUGUGUGGUUAUCUGCGCAUACGCGGACUCACAGACGACUGGCCCGAGCUCACCACGUAUUUUGACGCUGAAAUCAUCGGCAGUCGCUAUGGGUUUCUAACGCGAAAUUGGGGGGCAACGGAGCAAGAGGAUAUGGUACAUUGGGCACGCUUCCCUGCAUUUCGACACGUCAGACAUGACUUGAAGAAGCCCCAUCUCACGAUGAAGGAUGCAAACCGGGGGGCAGUGUUCAUGAGGUGGAAGGAGAAGUUUUUGGUCCCUGACCAUCGUGUGCAGGAUAUAAACGGCGCCAGCUUCGCGGGGUUCUACUACGUAUGUGUGGACUUCAACCCCCAGCAGUCCGCGGGGAAUCACGGGCAGCCGUUCGCGUCAGCAGAGGCGCUUCAAGGGCAUGAUCAGGCAGUUGCGAAGCCUGAGAUGGAAUCGCGUGCACGGCGGGCGUCCUCUAGUCACGGUGGUCGACGGAUAGGACGGUCCGUAUCGCGGGGGCACUCAUCACCGCCCGUCGCGACGAUGAGUGGAUUUUACUUCCACCAGAACUCCGAGCCAUACCAGCAGCUGUCUCUGGUGCAUGUACAAGAGCCUACGACGUCGUCGUUCGAGUUUCGAUGA